GUUUUCAAUUUCUCUCCUCAUCAAUCAGUAUUAUCUCCAAAUAUGUCGGAGGCGUUUGUUUCCGCUAUCAUGCAGCAGCUAGUAACAGUCGGUUAUGAAAAGUUACAACAAGAGGUGAAACUGGUGACUGGUGUGGGGAAAGCAAUCGAGAGGCUCCAAAACAAUCUCGAGUCCAUCCGUGCUUUGCUUAAUGAUGCUGAGGAAAGGCAGAUGAAGGAUAAAAGCAUCAAGCUUUGGUUAGAACGCCUCAAAGCAGUAUGUUAUGACACGGAGUACGUGUUGGAUGAGUGGAACACUGCGCCCUCGGAGUUGCAAUUAGAUGAAGCAGAUCAGAAAAACUUCUCUCUUUCCAAGGGAAAGGUAUGUCGUUCCUUCUUUUCGUGUUUUUGUUGUGGUCGAGUUGAUUAUAGCCGUGGCAUUGCUCUUAAAAUAAAGGACAUCAAUGAAAGAUUAGAUGAGAUUGCUGGGGACAAGGAUAGGUAUCAAUUGAAACAAAGUGAAGUUAGCCAGCCUGGAAGAGUAGGAAGCACAUCUUUUGCUGUGGUGUCAAGGUUACAUGGCCGAGAUGGGGUUAAGAAAGACUUAAUAGACAGUUUGUUGUGUGGUAACAGUGAUGAAAUAGAGAGUGAUGUCAAAACCUUCUCGAUUGUCGGCAUGGGAGGGAUUGGGAAAACAGCUCUUGCUCAACUUGUAUAUAAUGAUGAGGCAGUCACGGAAAACUUUGAAAAGAAAAUAUGGGUUUGCGUUACGGCAGUGUUUGAUUUGAGCAGAGUUGCAAAAGAAGUUAUUGUGGGUCUUGCAGGGACUGAUCGUGCUUCAGCUCUAAAUCUUGAUUCCUUUUCACUGCAAAAUCUUCUGGAAAUAAUUUGCAAAGAGAUUGAGAGGAAGAAGGUUUUUCUUGUUCUGGAUGAUGUGUGGACCGAUGACAGUGGAUCUUGGGAAUCAUUUAAUCAAGCUUUCAAACCUGCUGCACCUGGAAGUAGGAUUUUGGUGACUACACGAAAUGAUAGAGUUGCGAUGACUAUGAAAUCCUUUCGUGACUUUCCUCUAGAGCAAUUGAGUGAAAAUGUAUGUUGGAAAAUACUUAACCAGGAAGCGUUUGUGGGAUGGGGUGAUGAGCAAUGUAAAAAUUUAGAGGACAUCGGAAAAAAUAUUGCAAAAAAAUGCAGUGGAUUGCCAUUGGCUGCAAAAACGCUCGGAAGCAUGCUACGUUCAAAGAAAACAAGAGAAGGGUGGACAAACAUCUUGAACAGUGAGAUAUGGGAAUUAGAUUUGGAAGCUGUUUUUGCUCCUUUGUUGUUGAGUUAUUUUGACUUACCCUCAGCUGUAAGACGGUGCUUUUUGUAUUGCUCUACCUUCCCUAAAGGUAUUGAGAUCAAUAGAGAUGUCCUAAUUUAUCAGUGGAUGGCACAAGGUUAUUUAAAUUCUAGUCAGAAUCCUGAGAUGGAAAUUACUGGGGUUGACUACUUUGAGUGCUUGGCGGCACGGUCUUUCUUUCAAGAUUUCCAAAAACUUGAAGAUGGUAGCAUACGGGCCUAACUCAGUAGCACCAACAUCAAUCGCUAUCUUUAUUCUGUCAUUAAAACCUGUUCUGUUGAUAGCCUCUUUAACAAGAUCCAAUCCUUCUCUAACACAGCUGCCAACAAGGAAAAAAAUCAUUUAGCAGUGCCAAUUACUUCUUGAACUAAAAUAAACUGCAUUUCCUUUGUUAAAUGGAUUUUUAAAAGGGAAAGGAAAGGAAGGAGGGUGCCUACAUUCAUGAAUAAUGUAGAAAAUAAAUGUGAGGCACCACCAUACACUUAAACACUUGCCUGGAAAUAUUUGGAGCCAGACCUCCAACUUCUCCAACAUUACAUCCACCAGCACCAUGUCUUUUUAGAAUAACAGCCUGUCCUUUUU